GUCCCCACCGGCCACAGUCUGAAGGUCACGCUGCUGCGCAGUGGGGCCAGCACAGAGUCCGGGAUCCUGCCGCUGUGCUGGGCUCAGCAGCACUCUGAAGCCACCAGCCACGAUGUUUUGGGGUUUCCUGUCCCUCUUCUUCAUUGUCGUGGCCAGCGGGACCCCCAUCAAGGACCAAGAUGAGGAUAUCCAAGUGCAGGAGAACUUUGAGGCUGAGCGGAUGUACGGCAAGUGGUACGACAUCGCCAUCGGCACCACCUGCAAGUGGAUGAAGAACUACAAGGAGAAGUUCAGCAUGGGCACGCUGGUGCUGGGCCCCGGCCCCAGCUCCAACGAGAUCAGCACUGCCAGCACCAGGCUGCGGCAAGGUGAAUGCACGCAGAUCUCAGGAGAGUACCAGAAAACCAGCACCCCUGGCAAAUACACCUACUACAACCCCAAAUGGGAUGUGUCCAUCCAGUCCUACGUGCUCCGCACCAACUAUGAUGAAUAUGCUGUCAUUCUGAUGAAGAAGGAAAGCACCUUUGGCCCCAGCACCACCCUGAAGCUGUAUGGGAGAAGUCCAGAGCUGCGGGAGGACCUCAUUGAGGAUUUCCAGCAGCUGGCUCUGGACAUGGGCAUCCCUGCGGACUCCAUCUUCAUCCUGGCCAACAGAGGUGAAUGUGUUCCUCAGGAGACUGCAGCUGCCCCACAGAGAGUGCGGAGAGCAGUCCUGCCCCCCGAGGAGGGCUCGGCCGCAGGACCCCUGCCGACUUUCCUUGGCAAUAAGGAAGACUCUUGUCGGCUGAGCCGGGAUCCCGGGCCCUGCAGUGGGAUGCUCUCCCGCUUCUUCUACAACUCCUCCUCCAUGGCCUGUGAAUCCUUCCUCUACGGGGGCUGCCUGGGCAACGGCAACAACUUCUACUCGGAGAAGGAGUGCCUGCAGGCGUGCAGGACCGAGGCUGCCUGUCGGCUGCCCAUCGUCCCUGGGCCAUGCCAGAAGCCGGUGACACGCUGGGCCUUCGACGCUGCUCAGGGCAAGUGCAUCACGUUCAGCUAUGGAGGCUGCAAGGGCAACGGGAACCAGUUCUACUCGGAGAAGGAGUGCAAGGAGUACUGUGGGGCUCCUCCGCUCGCAGAGGACGAGGAGUUUCUGCAUCUGUCCAACUGAUGCAGGUGGAGGACGAGCCGUCGGCAUUCAGCACCGGGGUCCACAGGAGGGUGCUGGCAGCUGCCCACAGAGGCACAGGAGAUGCCUCCAGCAGUAAAUGUCUCUAAUGUGACCAAAGAGCC